AUGUCCUCCUUCUCGCACCUAAAGCCCCUCACGGUCUGGGGCAAAGGCGGCCCCAACCCGCCCAAAGUCGCCAUCCUUCUCGAAGAGCUAGGCGUUCCCUACGAAGCCCUCCCAAUCCCCCUCUCCGACGUCAAAAAGCCCGAGUACGUAGCCAUCAACCCCAACGGGCGGCUCCCCUCCAUCCGCGACCCCAACAACGGCGACCUGACGAUCUGGGAGUCGGGCGCCAUCCUCGAGUACCUGAUCGAGCGGUACGACACCGAGCACCGCUUCAGUUUUCCCCCCGGCUCGCCUGAGUCCUACCACGCCAAGCAGUUCCUUUUCUUCCAGGUCUCUGGCCAGGGUCCGUACUACGGCCAGGCGACUUGGUUUAAGAAGUUCCACCAGGAGCAGGUGCCCAGCGCUGUCGCGCGGUACGUGGCCGAGAUCAACCGCGUCACGGGGGUGCUGGAGAAGGUGCUGGCUGAGCAGGCGGAGAAGUAUCCCGGCGGGGACGGCCCGUGGUUGGUGGGUGGGAAGUACUCGUUUGCCGAUAUCGCUUUCAUUUCGUGGCAGAGGGUCAUUCUCAAGGUGCAUGAAAAGGACGAGUACGACCCGGACCAGUACCCGCAUGUCAAGGCAUGGUUGGAGAAGGUGCAGCAGAGGCCGGCGGUCCAGGCUGGGUUGGGUCAGGGUGGUCAGUUGAAAUGA